UCAUGACGUUCAUUCGAAUCCAACAUCCUCCUCUCAUUACUACAGACUCAGAUAUGUUGACAGUUGUCAACUCCAAUGAGGCCGCCGAGAAAGCAGGGUUCUCGGAUGGCCUUCGGAACGACGUUCGCCGACAGCUCAGCUCCAGCCUCUGAACCGCAGACGCCUGCAUCACCACGGUCAAUGUGUCGCGCCGUCCGCUCAUACGCACCCGAAGUGCCUAUAAAACCUGCAGUCCUCACGUGUGUGAUUUUUGCUCGGACUUGAACGUUGUACAACUGAACACAGUUACACGCAAACAAUAUGCAAGUGAGCGAUGCACGCGCGGA